CAAAAGGCCAUUUGUAGCCAAAACAAACAUGGAGGUGAUGGAGGUGGUCGCGCAGUCGGUGUGAUGAGGACUUUUUAUCUGAUUCGUGGUCGCGCGCUCAUCGAAUAUUCGCCCGUCUAAUGUCGUGACAAAGUUGGUGCUUACCAAGUUUUAGCCUUCGCCAAAGUGUUCGGCGAUUGUUGAAGCUGCAAUCGAUUAAUAAUCUGCCAGGAGUAAGCGCGAUGCUUGGCGAAGCUUUGGGAAAUUGCUUCGUAGGCCUAACGCUUCUGCUAUGACGAAUCCAAAUUUACAUUUUAGGGAAACAAGUAUCACCUAAAAGGGGUUCACAAGGUUGUCCAUCCUGGUCCGCAGGCCAGCAAAGGCCAGCCGACCGAUGCUGGUGGAAAGCUGGGAAGGAGGAGCAAGUUUGGAGCUGAGGACGACAUGAGUCGCCAGGGCUGCAAGUGGAGCUGCCAGCACUGCACCUACGAGAACUGGCCUAAGGCUCUGCGAUGCACCAUCUGCCAAAAGCCCAGGCCAACACUCAUCGAAGAGGAGGCCUCGAGCGAAGAACGCGACAUCUACAAGAUCUCUCCUCUGGUCCAAGAGCCGCCGCCCAACCCGUACCACAAGUGGGCGUGCAGCAAGUGCACUUACCUUAACUGGCCCCAAUCGAUCAAGUGCACUCAGUGUCUGAAUCCCAGGGGUCCCUCCCAGGGGAACUGGAAUUCCCCGGGAGUCCCCAGCAGCCCCCCAGCCCCUUCACCGCAGGCGACCACCUCCGCAGAGACGGCGCACAGCAGCGGCGACUCGCGCUCGAAAUGGACGUGCCAUGCUUGCACGUACGAAAACUGGCCCAAGUCACGGAAGUGUGUGAUGUGCAGUGCUGCUCGCCUCAAAGCCGACUCCCCGGUUGGAGGCCGCACACCAGAGUCGGAGGAUCAGUGGCAUUACUCUUCGGGCAUACCUUCCAUCUGCACCGGGGGAAGUUACCGCCGUCCAGCACCCCAGUACGGUGCAGCUGCCGAUAUCGAGCUGCAGCUGUCAACGGAAGAGGCGCCCCUCCCUACCAACAACUACCUGUGCAGUCUGCGACGGCAGGUACGGGAGGCGGAUCGCCUCUGGCUCAACGCCUGCCGGGCGGUGGUGGACGGUGAGCCGGAACCCAUCAGCCGUUACCUGAGUUCGGGGGGGGACCCUGGCCGGCAGCUGACGCACGGCGAGGCAGGCCUGCUCGCACGCACGGCCAGCUUCGAUCCUGGCUUCACGCUGGCUCACAUGGCCAUCCGGCACGAGAGGGACGACAUUCUGGCUCUGCUGCUCUCCAAUCCGGUCAUGACGCACCCCGUGGCAAAGCGUGUCCCCUCGGACGUGGGGCGCGACACUGCCGCCGAUAUCCGGCGCCACAUCACUGCCUCCUUCAAGCAAAAGAAGGGACCUUUCUCCUGUUACUUCGUCACCGAGUUUGUCACCUUUGCUCUGCCCAUUGAAAUCAAAGAGUUUCACCCAUCUGUGCAAAAAGUGUUGUUUGAUGAACUGCUGGACCAGGACGUCCAAAAAGAGCUGGAAGAAGACUCGGCCAUCAUCAACUGGAGCCUGGAGCUGACGGAGACGCUGGGCUCGCGCCUGUAUGCACUGUGGAACCGGAGUGCGGGCAACUGCCUCCUGGACUCAGCCCUGCAGGCCACCUGGGGCGUCUUCGACAGAGACAACUCCCUCCGUCAGGUGUUGGGGGACAGUCUCUCCGAGGCUGCCGCUGUACUAUACCCUCGGUGGCGAGAGGCGGAGGCGCUGCAAGCGAAGCUGUUGCACUUCACACUCGACGAGGCCCAGUGGCAGGAGGACUGGGCCACCCUGGUAUCUCUGGCAGCCCAGCCAGGCUCGGCCCUGGAGCAGAUGCACGUCUUCACGCUGGCCCACGUCUUGCGCCGCCCCAUCGUCGUGUACGGCGUCAAGUACGUCAAGAGCUUCCGUGGCGAAGCCCUCGGCUAUGCCCGCUUCGAAGGUAUCUACAUCCCUCUUCUCUGGGAGCCGAGCUUCUGCUGGAAAUCGCCCAUAGCGCUGGGCUACACCCGGGGCCACUUUUCGGCACUGGUGCCCAUGGAGCCCGAGCCCGAGGUGCCGGGGGGUGCCGGUGCCCCGCCGAGGGACCCCGACGACCUGGAGGUGGCCUUCCUGCCCCUCAUGACGGCCGACCGGCAGCUGCUGCCCCUGCACUUCCUCACCCAGGGAGAGGUGGGGCGUGAAGAAGAGAUAAUCCGUCAGUGGCUGGACUGCUGCGUCACAAAGGGGGGGCUGCUGGUGGCUCAGCAGAAGGUUCCCCGCCGGCCUCACUUGGUGCUGCAGAUGGUGGACCAGUGGCUGGACGCCUAUCGCAAGCUGUCGCCACAUCAUCGGCUCACAGACGCCCAGGGAGGCUACUCGAGCGAUGGCGACUCGGACCAGGAGUGAGCCCCCACGGACAUUGCUCCCUAUGGGCCUUUUUUUGUGUGUGUAGGCCCGCUGUGUGCCUUUGAACAGCUGGACACUGGUUCCCACUCGGAAAGAUCUUAGCCGUCCCUGGCCUGCCCCCAUCCUGUGUGUCUGGUCGUGCGCAUUUCUCCACCCCCGUGUCUCCGCCUGCUUCGGAAGCAGAAGAUGAUCCUCCAUUCCCAGUGAUAGCUGCCCCCGGACCACCGCACAGGCGGAUGGACCCCGAGCGCUGCACCUAGUGCUAUUUAUUUUGGCCGCUUUAAAGUAGUAGGUCUAUUUAUUUUGAAAGGAAAUCCACCCAUUGUUUAUUUACGAGAGGUAUAGUGGCUACCCCGUGUGUUCCUUGUUUUAUGUUUGGUGUGAUAAAGGAAAAAAAUUGAGGGUCUUUUUGGAGGGUGACGAACUGUUGUGUGUACUAUAUGAAAUGGAGGCAGUCUAGAUUUAUAUCAUAGUUGUAAUAUAUAUAUAUAUACAUAUAUAUAUAUAUUUAAAAAGAAAAAAAAAUAUGUAGUAGAUAUAGGCCCCCCCCCCCCCCUUCCCCAUGAUGCCUGUGCUUCCCUCGUGUGCGAUUUUUUAGUCACUGGGACAAAUGCUGCAGUCCAAAUUUCGAAUCGAGGUUGAAGGCAGUAUGGGUCCAGCGUGGCUUGUUUGAGUUUUGCGUGGUCUGUUAAAAUUCAGAACAGUAGUUGCAAAGCUAGGAAGCGACACCUUGUUGUUUUCCUUUUUAAUUAUAAUUAUUGUUUUACGAGUAUGCAAACUGUCAGCUCAGCACAGUAAGUACAAGCCUCCUCCCCAUUCUUAGAUACUAGCAGGUUGAUGCACACGCAUCCGAGAGCUUGAACGAAGUAGGUGCAGUUGUGUGUUGCAGUUGUGCAGAAGGUCAGAUUUUCACGAGCCAAAUAAACUCCUUCACACUUUGCGCGGUGUUCAGUUUUGUUUGGCCUUCCAGUUUUCACCACAAGCCCUAGAAAGCAUCUCGACUUAGCGGGACUCGUUUUGGUACCUGUCCCAGGUUAGUCCACAUGCAGCUAGAUUUUUAUUAUUUAAGAUAUGCUGACAUGCAUUGAAUAUUGCCUAGUGCAAGUUUUUUUGCAUAUCAAUUUAAUAAACUGUUUUUGAGAA